UGGAUUUUUGACAUGAACCAAAAAGAAACUCCCACUUGUAAAUUAGUAAAAGUCUUCAUCACUCCCGAUUUCAGAUCUGGGAACCAAGUAUAACUCCCAAUUCCUCUCCCCCAACCCCUAUCACCUGUCUGCAGUUUCAAGAAUAUAGCUGAAAUUCUUGAAAAAGAUCCCUUUUUUCGGUUGGAAUCGGCAGUUCUGGAGAUGGGCUUGCCUAAAAUCCAAGAAAAUGGGAAUAUGGAGGUGGGUUUGUCGUUGGGAGCCAACAACAAGUAUAGAAGAAUGGAUGAUGAUUCUGAGUUGAGAAACGGUGAUGAUUUUGGUGAGGAUUAUGAUGCUGCACAGCAUCACCGACAGAUGGAGAGAAGUAAAACUACUAGGAAAUAUGUGUUUGCUUGCUCUGUUUUUGCCUCUCUCAACAGCGUGCUUCUUGGUUAUGAUGUGGGAGUAAUGAGCGGAGCAAUCCUCUUCAUUCAAGAAGAUUUGAAGAUAACAGAGGUGCAGCAGGAGGUUCUCAUCGGAAUCCUUAGCGUCAUGUCCCUUUUAGGCAGCCUAGGCGGCGGCCGGACCUCCGACGCCAUUGGCAGGAAAUGGACUAUGGGACUGGCCGCCAUAGUCUUCCAGCUCGGUGCGGUCGUGAUGACCAUCGCCCCGACGUUCCGAGUCCUGAUGAUUGGGAGGAUCUUGAGCGGCAUUGGGAUCGGAUUCGGGGUCAUGAUUGCGCCCGUCUACAUCGCGGAGAUAUCCCCAACUGUUGCACGAGGCUCGCUCACCUCGUUCCCGGAGAUCUUCAUCAACUUAGGUAUCCUCCUCGGAUAUGUCUCCAACUACGUGUUUUCCGGGCUUCCUGCUCAUUCGAACUGGAGAGUGAUGCUUGCUGUUGGGAUUCUCCCAUCAAUCUUCAUUGUGUUCGCGUUGUACAUCAUCCCCGAGUCGCCUAGAUGGCUCGUGCUGCAGAAUCGGGUGGAUGAAGCGCGGUCCGUGCUUCUGAAGACGAACGAGCACGAAGCAGAGGUCGAAGAGAGGCUUGCCGAGAUCCAGCUAGCUGCUGGACACGGGAGCAGCGGUGGGGGGCCCGAGCAGAAGGCCGUGUGGCGAGAGCUGCUCAGCCCGUCCCCUGCUCUUGCGAGGAUGCUUAUCGCAGGUUUCGGGAUCCAGUCGUUCCAGCAGAUCACCGGCAUUGAUGCCACUGUCUAUUACAGUCCAAAGAUCUUUCAGGCUGCCGGGAUCGAGGAUAAGUCGAAUCUCCUCGCUGCGACCGUUGCAGUCGGAGUGACGAAGACUGCUUUCAUACUCAUAGCUAUUGUGUUGAUCGAUAGGGUAGGGAGAAAGCCUCUGCUCUACGUGAGCACCAUUGGCAUGACCGUGUGUUUGUUUAGCGUCGGAGUAACGCUGUCGUUUUUCGGAAAAGGGUCAUUUGCGGUGGCGCUGGCUAUCCUAGGUGUCUGCGGCAACGUUGCCUUCUUCUCCGUCGGGAUAGGCCCUGUUUGCUGGGUCCUCACGUCGGAGAUCUUCCCGCUGCGAGUCCGUGCGCAGGCGUCGGCCCUCGGGGCAGUUGGGAACCGGCUCUGCAGCGGCUUCGUUGCCAUGUCAUUCCUCUCCGUGGCACACGCCAUCACGUUCGGGGGGACGUUCUUCCUCUUCUCUGCGAUCUCAGCGGUCUCUGUGGCGUUCGUGUACAAGUGCAUACCGGAGACGAAGGGGAAGUCACUGGAGCAGAUAGAGCUGCUGUUCGAGGACCGGUACGAGCUGCAGGAGAGCGAGGUUCAGCUCGGAGACGCUGAGCGUCUGGUGCAGAAGGAGUAAAUGCAUUUGCUGAAGACGGAUGUUUGAAGACCCGCCAACACCGAUCACGAGACUGACGGUGGUCAGAUUGUUUAAGCAUUCAGCUUGAAGGAAUCAGCUGGUUUUGUAGGGAAAUUGCAGAUAACUGAACUGCGAGAGAGAAGCCUAUUUGUAUAGUUCAUUCUUUGCAUACGUCUCUUGAAUGUACAAGUAUUAGAAUUUUUGUUUGUUACGCACAUAAUAAUCUUGUUUAUCAUUUAUCCUAGUUUCUAUGUCUUGAAUCUUGAUUC